AGUGAGCGAGGCGAGGAGAGGCGGUCGGAUCUGGAGAACUACCUCUGGAUGGUUUAAAAAAAAAAGAAAAAACCCAAACAACUCUGCAAUCCUCUGCUCCACACAGGCUCAGCACCAUAAGGGACUGCUAUAUUUGAGGCUGUCAGGAGGAUGGGAGAGAGAGACUGAGAGUCAGGGCGAGAGAGAGACGGUGCCACAGCAGCGAUUACCAAAAAGGAGUUCUAAUACAUUUUGAUUCGGUUCAGCUCCUGAGCAUCAUCAUUUUUCACUCAUACAAGACCUAUUCUGUGGAAAUCAUUUAUAUUUUGAAGGACAGCUUCUGUACAGCCGAUAGCAGAGUUGAGUUAGAGUUUGGUAAAGACGGCUGGUUUGGGUCCAGCAAGGACACAGUCAAGAUCACGGAAACAAUCUGUCAGGAUGCCUGGUAAGCUUUAAUGAAGAAACGUCAACAUUGCUAAAAACUGCACAAAGAGGGACUGAAAACCUUUGUGACCAAUGAUGUGGUUGUCAUGGAAACUGUUUCUGUUUCUGUCACUCACUGGCUGUCUUUCAGAAUAUUCGGAAGCUGUUCCUGGUCUCCCCACAUCAUAUGCUGCUAUCUUAAGAAUCAAAUCUGGUAGUUCAUCUUUAGCCUCAUUUAAUUCAAAGAAUAGACCACGAUUAAGCAGUCCUUCAUUAGGAAGUGUAUCUUCACCAGGUUGGAGAGGAGCUGCACAACAUUAUCACUCCCCAACAAAUCUCUAUCACCUUUCAGAGGCCUUCAAACAUGAUGAAAGUGUGGAUUAUGGGCCAGUGUUUGUACAAGAGCCAGAUGAUGUGAUUUUUCCAACUGAUUCUGAGGAGAAGAAAGUAUCUCUGAAUUGUCAAGCUCGUGGAAAUCCUACUCCCACAUACAGGUGGCUUCGAAAUGGAACUGAAAUUGACAUUGAAAGUGAUUAUCGCUUCAGUUUAAUAGAAGGAAGUUUGAUCAUCAAAGACCCCAGUGAAAUGAAGGAUUCUGGACAGUAUCAGUGUUUAACCAGCAACAUGUUUGGCACUAUUUUAAGCAGAGAGGCUGUUCUUCAGUUUGCAUAUCUGGGGAAUUUUAGCGGUCGGACAAGAAGUGCUGUCUCUGUACGUGAAGGUCAAGGAGUUGUUCUGAUGUGCUCUCCUCCACUUCACUCACCAGAGAUCAUCUAUAGCUGGGUAUUUAAUGAAUUCCCAUCUUUUGUGGCAGAAGACAGCAGACGCUUCAUCUCUCAGGAGACAGGCAAUCUCUACAUCUCCAAGGUGCAAACAUCUGAUGUUGGCAGCUAUAUAUGCCUGGUGAAAAACACAGUGACAAAUGCCAGAGUUUUGAGCCCUCCUACACCUCUGACACUGCGAAACGAUGGUGUGAUGGGGGAAUAUGAACCAAAAAUUGAAGUCCAUUUUCCCUACACAGUUACAGCUGCAAGGGGAACUACUGUUAAGAUGGAGUGUUUUGCACUUGGCAACCCUGUUCCAACAAUCUCUUGGAGGAAAGUUAAUGGUCAUAAUCCAAGUAAAGCCCGCCUGAGAAAAUCCCAAGCUGUGCUUGAAAUACCUAAUGUGCAACUAGAGGAUGCAGGGGUGUACGAAUGUAAGGCUGAAAAUUCUCGUGGAAGAAAUGUCUUCAGAGGACAACUGCAAGUGUAUACCUACCCACAUUGGGUGGAGAAACUUAAUGAUACUCAAUUAGACAGUGGAGAUCAGCUCCGAUGGGAAUGUAAAGCCACUGGAAAGCCACGGCCUACAUAUCGUUGGCUGAAAAAUGGAGUUCCUCUUUGGCCACAGAGCAGGAUUGAGAUGGUUAAUGGUGUUCUGAUGAUCCACAGUGUGAAUCUCUCAGAUGCUGGAAUGUAUCAGUGCUUAGCAGAAAAUAAGUAUGGCACCAUUUAUGCCAGUGCCGAGCUGAAGAUUUUAGCUUCAGCUCCCACUUUCCCACUAAAUCAAAUGAGGAAAACAAUAAUUGUUACCAAGGGCCAAGAAGUUGUCAUUGAGUGCAAGCCACAAGCCUCUCCAAAGCCAACUAUCACUUGGAAGAAAGGAGACAAAGCCUUAAGGGAGAAUAAGAGGAUAACUAUUCUUCCACAUGGGAGCCUGCGAAUCCUGAAUGCUUCCAAGUCUGAUGAAGGACGAUACUUAUGCCAAGGUGUAAAUGUAUUUGGAUCUGCAGAAAUCAUUGCAUCAGUAUCUGUUAAAGAACCUACAAGAAUGGAGCUGACACCUAAGAAGAUAGAGUUAAUGGUUGGAGAAAGCGUUGUCCUCAGUUGCAAAGCCCUUCAUGACAGCACACUAGAUGUCACUUUCUAUUGGACACUCAAUGGGCAGCCAAUUGACUUUGAAAAAGAAGGUGGACACUUUGAAAGCAUCAAGGCACAAGCGUCCUCUGCAGAUCUAAUGAUCAGGAAUAUCCUCCUGACGCACGCUGGCAGAUAUGGCUGCAGAGUCCAGACCGCAGCAGACACCGUGUCAGAUGAGACGGAGCUGCUUGUUAGGGGUCCUCCUGGUCCCCCAGGGGUUGUAAUAGUGGAGGAAAUUACAGACACCACAGCAACACUCUCCUGGAGUCCUGGGGCAGACAAUCACAGCCCUAUCUCCCUCUACAACCUGCAAGCACGCAGUCCAUUUUCUCUUGGCUGGCAGACCGUAAAAACAGUUCCAGAAGUGAUAAGUGGUGACAUGGAGUCUGCUAUGGCUGUUGAACUGAACCCUUGGGUGGAGUAUGAGUUCAGAGUUGUCGCAACCAACAAAAUUGGGACUGGGGACCCAAGUGCACCAUCACGAGUGAUCAGAACCAACGAAGCAGUUCCAAAGACACCUCCAGCUAAUGUAAGUGGCAGAAGUGGAAGGCGACAUGAAUUAGUAAUAGCAUGGGAGCCAGUAUCAGAAGAGUUUCAGAAUGGAGAAGGAUUUGGAUAUAUUGUAGCCUUCAGACCCAAUGGAACACGUGGCUGGAAGGAAAAAAUGGUGACAUCUUCAGAUGCCUCAAAGUUCAUCUACAGAGAUGAAAGUGUGCCACCUCUGACUCCGUUUGAAGUGAAAGUUGGUGUUUACAACAACAAAGGAGAUGGUCCCUUCAGCCCUAUUGUGGUUAUCUGCUCAGCUGAAGGAGAACCUACUGCUGCUCCCAUCGAUGUCAAAGCUACAAGUUUGUCUGUAUCAGAGAUUCUUGUUGCGUGGAAACAUAUUAAAGAAAGUCUAGGAAGACCACAGGGAUUUGAGGUUGGUUACUGGAAGGACAUGGAGCAGGAAGAAGCAGCAGAGAAGGUCAAAACUGAGGGAAACGAGUCAUCCAUCCUCCUGACAGGAUUAGAAGGGAACACAUUAUAUCACCUAACGGUGAGGGCGUACAAUGCUGCAGGGUAUGGACCACCUAGCUCUGCUGUGCGUGCAGCGACCAAAAAGUCCCCUCCCAGCCAAGCACCAAGCAAUAUCAUGUGGAUACAGGAUGGCUCUCAUGUGUCUCUUGGGUGGGAGCCAGUCAGACCUCUAGCUAAUGAAUCUGAUGUAAUGGGGUACAAGGUACUGUUUAGACAAGAAGGCCAGAGCAACAGCCAAGUUAUAGAAACACAGAAGACCUCUGCAGUGGUACUUCUUCCUGAUGCUGGUGUCUACAUCAUCGAGGUCUGUGCAGUCAGUGAAGGAGGGGAUGGGACUGCAAGUCCCCAGAUCAGAGUUCCAUCUUUUUCAGGAGGGAAAGUAACAAGUGCUCAAUCCUCCUUACACGUGUUGUCUUCUUCCUCAUCCUCCGUAACAUUGCUUUUGGCACUGAUGGUUCCUACAACCUCAUGGUGAAGACUGCAGACUUUGUUGUUGUUGUUAUUUGUUUGCUUUAGCUUGAUGACACCAAGGGAUGGAGUUUUAUGUCCAUGGAGAAACUGGAAACCCAAGCUAAUGCUUAAAGACCUGUAGAAAUGCUUGUGGUGUACUUAGAGGAGUGUUGGAGACACAGUCAAUAAUUCAUCAGGUUUUUUUGUCUUAUUUUUUUGUAAAAGUCCUUUGAGGAGGGGACAUUUCUUGGCCCAAAAAUAUGCAGAUUGUACGUAAUAAACUUUUGUAAGCAAAAGUAAUUUCUGUCAAACGUACCUGACUUUUUUAAUAUGUUCAAUUUUGGUGACCCCAGUCAUGUAUCACUAUGUGCUUAAACAGUGGUGUCUGGUACAGUACAUCUGUUUGGUUUGGGAAAAAAAAUCCAUUUUUAAUAUAGAACAAUGUUUGAUACGGCUUUGUUGAAUACUUUUCUUGCAACCCCUAUGGCUGCCUGUUCCUACUGACAAGAGAAAAAAAUAUAGUUUAGAUACAUAGCUCACUGAAAAGUGCACAGAUUUUUUUCUGAAAAUGUAUGAAUACGUAUUUAAUUACCAAAAAAAAUUGCCAAUACAAUACUAGACAGCACACUCAGAAAAUGGCAAAAUGGAGCAGAAAAGCCAUUUAGUUUAUUGCAAAGUAAAUGGAAAAUGAUUAAACACAAGCUUAAAAGGAAACAAAUUGGUUUUUUACAAAAUACCAUAAUUUAAUGUCAAAUGAAUCAAAUAUUUCUUUUCAAUAGCAAAUAAAAUGUACAUUCCUAAUGUACACAACAAUGAAAACUCCACUGGGCAUUAUAACAUGAUAUCCAUUAGGCUGUUAAGUGGGCAAAUAAAGCAAUGCAAAGAGAUAAACUUACUUUUUCUAACCCCUUCUCAGUUGUAACUUUUUUUUUCCAUCUGGGUCCAUUUUUUUGUAACAUUAUGUGCUUUAUAUAUUUGGUAAUCAAGUUGAAGUAUUUAUGAAAGCAUAUUAUGGAGAGAAUAUUAACAUUUUUUGAAGGUAAUCAUUCACAUAUAUACAGACUCCAGUAGAAUAUAUUUUGGGAAAUGCUAUGUCUGAAAAAAAAUGCUUGGAUAAGUGCUACAGAGCAUCAUUCCAGUUAUUUAGCUAAUUGGCUCUAUUUCAAUAGUUCACUAGAGAUUAUUCUUGUAGGAACGAUAUGCUAUGAGUUUUAAUCCCCACUUUUUGCUCUACCAAACAAUUUUUCACUCAGUUGAUAAUUUGGACAAUUUUUUUUCUACAUUGGAAGGCUUUCCCACAUAUUGGCACCCAAAUCAAAAUGAUCCCCAGGGUAUAUGGUGUGCGUGUUUGUACAGUUCUGGUGUGCAGUGUUAUGAGGGAGGGUGAAUAUCCCCUUGCUUGGGAAAAGUGAAGUCAAGAAAGUUUAGGAGGCAAAUCCUAACAUAAUAGCAUAGUUCUUUUAGCUGUCCAUCCCUCUAAAAGUGUUGAUGAAAAUCCGUUUUGGUUGAGGGGUUCUAGGUCUAAAAUGCUAUUAUUUUGCAAGCUUAAUAGCAAAAUAAUACUUGGCAUUUAUCUAGUACGCUGUAACUGUGCCCUUGCUUGGCAGCUUUAAAAUAGCAGUCAAGAAAGCACAAAACAGAUAAGUGCUUGGUAGGUAAAAAGCUGACUGAUGACUAAAUUUUUAUUUCUUUUGAAUAUUUUAUCAGUAAAUUUUUUCAGAGAUGGUUCAACUCAAAUCUUUAGUACCCACUAAUAUUUUAAAUAAUUUUCUAAAAACUAGGUUUUAAAUUUACUUAGUCACCAUGUUGCUAGGAAAACAAAAGCUGGCUAACUAGCUGAGCAUAGAUGGUAGAUACAGACAGAAAAAAAGACUUUGAGGUCAAACAAAGGAAGGUGGAAUGUACCAUCCUGAUAGAGCAAACUCAUAGAAAAUUACCAUCUGCUGUCAUUCAUAAAAUAACAGCAUUGAUACUGUGUAGGGAACUUGCAUUAGCAAACCAUUGUUUUUCAAAAGGUUAAAAUAAACAAGAAUAAAGUGAUGAACCAAAAUCAAAAUGACUAUUUUAUAAAUUAGUUAAGCAUAAUUUCCUCUAUUUUUUAUACAGUUGCUUGCCAAUGCAGUUUAUUUCAGAGUAUUGAAAAAGGCUACUGUCAGUGUUGGUGGUGUUUUGGUCAAGCAACUUUCUGAAUACAAUAAAUGGCUAUGCUUUGUAAGAAGAAAGUCUGAUAAGGAGAUAGAGCUGCAUCUAGAUAUAUGUCAAUGUCUAGUAUCAAGAUACAAACACUGAACAUACCAUCAGGUAAUGUAGUUGUAUUGCAGGGACAGAAGGGGGUAUGUUUUAUAUUCAACAUGAACAGAAUAUGUAUUUUGCAUCUUAAAUAUAUUAAUAAACAUGUUUUAAAUGUUUAAGUACCUAUGUAUUACCUAUUUGUUACUUUGUAGAAAAUGAUGUUUCCUUAUCAUGACAUAUUAUUUUCUAGUUGCAAAGGAAAGCUCUUUCCUUUUUCAUGUAAAAGAUUGUAAUAGUGCAGUCUAGCAUUGCUGAGGAGACUGUAUUUUUGUAUAAUGCCACAAGAUCCAUUUGGAAAAAAAAUAAUUAGAAAGAAACUUUGUUUUGCAAACCAAAAGAAAGAUACUGUCAUGGCCUAUAUCAAGAUGUUAGAUAUAUUGUAUACAAUCUGUAUAUAUUCUAUAUAUAAUAGUAUAUACGAUGUGGAAGACACAGUAAUAUAAUAGUUCCUGUGUACUGUUCUUGUAACAAUAGAUCUUUUUAAUAAAUAAUUCUCUUUUUAUUGACUUUUA